CCCUAGCCCGUGCAGGGCCGGGGAGGGUGAGGCCGGCCAGCCAGCUGGCCUGUGGGAGGGCAGGGGCGCUCCGGCCCCAGGCAAACUUUGGCUCCCGGUAGCAGGAGGUGGCGGCGGCAGCAGCAACACCAGCAGCGGCGGUGGCAGCAGCGCACGCCCUGCUCUGAGAAGCGGCUAGGGGCGCGCCGGCAUGUGGGCGCAGUGCCGGGCCGCCCCGGGCCGCCGCCGCCGCCGCGUGCGCCCGGGGCUAGGUGAGCCCCGGCUCCCGGGCUCUCCAGCUGCCCAGUCCCGCCGACUCCAGGUGACCGCAAGCUAACCGUCUCCCGAGCCUCCUCCAACUGGGGCUGGGGGCCACUUUGGGCCGGCCAGGCCCCAUCCCCCUCCCCCUGCACACCCUGGCAUACACCCUGGAGCUGGAGACGCGGCUCCUUCUCCAUCCCUCUCCUUCUCCUGUUGCAAACUCUGGACUGAUUGUUUUCUUUCCCCCAGGGGAAAAGAGAGUCCUCGGGGCUAGGUUGGCAUCACCAAGAGCGGGCUGGGCGGACUCUGAAGAGACUCCCAAACGGGGCACUGUAACUACCCCCGACUGCCUCGGGGCCCAUGGGGACCGUGUGCUCCAGAGAAGGCUCUGGGCUCCGUAGGCGCUUUUGCUGUUAGUAGACUCGCCUCCUGCCUGCCUGCCUGCUCGGUCCUCGCUGAUUUGUUUGGGAUGCUGUUCUACCCCGCAGUUAGCCUCUCAGUCUAGACGGCACAGGGGAGGAGACUUGCCCGCCUGUCAGCGGUUCCAAGAUGUGCCCGUCGGAGAUGGGGACGCUGUGGCAGCAUUGGUCACCUGUGCUCUUCAGCCUGGCCGCUCUGUUUUCCAAAGUGUCAGAGAGCCGAGGGAUUUUAGAGAGCAUCCAGAGAUUCUCCCUGCUGCCCACCUACCUUCCUGUGAGCUACCGUAUCAACAAUGCCGAUAUCUCCUUCUUCCUCAAGGAAGCCAACCAGGACAUCAUGAGAAACUCAAGUUUGCAAUCCAGAGUGGAAUCCUUUCUGAUUUACAAAUCCAAGAUGGCACCUUCCUUGAAUGCCAGCUAUAAGUUUUUUUCUGUGGAACAACUUGUACCCCAGGACCUGCUGUUGCCUUCCAAUCCAUUUGCAUCUACCAACAAGUUUGCUCUCAACUGGAAGCUAAAAGCCUACAUCAUGAGUGAUAAAAUCUACCUGAGUAGGCCCAGAGUUCAAAUCUUGUUCUACAUAGUGGGCAGGGAUUGGGAUGACCAUAGCACCACAGAGAGGCUGCCCUGCCUCCGAGUGUUUGCCUUCAGGGAGACCAGGGAGGUGAGAGGCAGCUGCCGCCUGGCAGGGGAACUUGGACUGUGUGUAGCUCAGUUGGAACUCCUGUCCAGCUGGUUUAGCCCCCCGACUGUGGUUGCAGGGAGGAAAAAGUCAAUGGAUCAAUCAGAAGGAAGUCCUGUAGAGCUUUACUAUUCCAUCCAACCUGGAGAUGAGAAAGGAGAUUGUACCAAGGAAGAGACAAGGAAAAAUAGUGGAAUCCGUCCAGGCCACAAUGAUAUUGAUGAAGUGGGUCCUCCUUUGCAGAGGAUUGGGAGUGUGUUUCUCUACCAGACUCACAGUGGAAGCCCUUCUUGGAGGGAACUACACUUAGAUAACAAUGUUGCCAUCCACUACGUGGCCAAGACUGCCAAACAAGGAGACAUUUUGACUUUCCCUGUUUCUGUUUCUAGAAAUUCCACUGAGGAUCAUUUCACACUGAGGGCGAAGGUAAAGAAAGGUAUGAAUAUUAUUGGUGUUCGAGCCAGCAACCCACACUUAUGGGAUGUUAAAGAGAGUGUGGAUUAUACGGGGAAAUAUGUGUGUCAGAGGAAAUCUACUACUUCUGAGAACAAUGCGGAUGGUCAAUCCAAUGAAGUCAUGCAGAUCGAUAUAGAAAUUGAAGAGCUGAGUGACCUACCAGCCACGCAGCUAGUCACAUGGCAGGUUGAAUACCCUGGAGAGACUACCUCGGACCUGGGGGUGUCUAAAAUCUAUGUGAGCCAGAAGGAUUUGAUUGGAGUCAUCCCACUAGCCAUGGAAGCAGAAAUCUUGAACACAGCUAUUCUCACUGGGAAGACAGUGGCUGUGCCUGUAAAGGUGGUCUCCGUGGAGGAGGACGGCACCGUGACAGAUCUUCUGGAGUCUGUGGAGUGUAGAUCAUCCGAUGAAGAUGUAAUUAAGGUGUCUGACAGAUGUGACUAUGUCUUUGUCAAUGGAAAGGAAAUGAAAGGUAAAGUGAAUGUUGUAGUGAGGUUCACCUACCAGCACCUGAGCAGCCCCCUGGAGAUGACUGUGUGGGUGCCUCGGCUCCCACUCCAGAUUGAAGUCUCUGACACGGAACUCAACCAAAUCAAGGGCUGGAGGGUGCCCAUUGUCUCAAAUAAGAGGCCAGUCCGUGAUAGCGAUGAUGAGGAAGAAGAUGAGAGGCGGGGCAAAGGAUGCACUCUCCAAUACCAGCAUGCCAUGGUGCGUGUCCUUACCCAGUUUGUGGCUGAGGCCUCUGACUCUGGAGGACAGCUGGCCCACCUGCUGGGCUCUGACUGGCAAGUGGACAUCACAGAUUUGGUGAACAAUUUCAUGCAGGUGGAAGAGCCACGGAUCGCCAAGCUACAAGGAGGGCAGGUUCUGAUUGGGCAGGAGCUCGGAAUGACUACCAUUCAGAUCCUGUCCCCGCUGUCCGACGCCAUCCUGGCCGAGAAGACAGUGACUGUGUUGGACGAGAAGGUGACAAUCACUGACCUCGGAGUCCAGCUGGUGACUGGGCUCUCCCUCUCCUUGCAGCUCAGCCCAGGGAGCAACCGAGCGAUCUUUGCCACCUCCAUGGCUCAGGAGCUACUGCAGACACCUAAGCAGGAAGCUGCCAUAAGUUGCUGGAUCCAAUUCAGUGAUGGCUCAGUCAUGCCUUUGGAUAUUUAUGACAUAAAGGACUUCUCUCUGAUGGUGACAUCCCUUGAUGAAAAGGUAGUCUCCAUCCACCAAGACUCCACAUUCAAAUGGCCUGUUAUUACUGCUGAAGUGGAGGAAGGGCAGGGUGCCCUGGUGAAGGUGGAAAUGGUGAUUAGUGAAUCAUGCCAGAAGUCUAAGAGGAAGAGUGUGCUGGCUGUUGGGACGGGAAAUAUCAAAGUUAAGUUUGGCCAGAAUGAUGCCAACCCCAACACCAGUGACAGCAGACAUGGGGGAAGGGGUCACCUGGAAACCCAUGCCAGUGACAGGAGGUCUAAAACAACUUGGCAAGAAAGAAUGAGGCCAGAUGGGCAAUUUUUCAGCAAUUUCUCCAUGGACCGCAUGGAAGGUAGGGGAACCACAACAGACGGAUCCAUCUUCUGGAAGAAGAAUAAACAAGAACAUCUUUUAGAUGAUAAUAGCCACCUACAAACCAUCCCCAUGGACUUCACCAGCUUCCCUGCCCAAGUUGAUCUCCCAAGGAACAAUGGAGAGACAGAGGAGAAUGACCUAGACCAGACACCCCGGGGCUUAAGUGACUUAGAGAUUGGAAUGUAUGCUCUGUUGGGUGUCUUCUGCCUUGCUAUUUUGGUCUUCUUAAUUAAUUGUGUGACCUUUGCAUUGAAAUACAGGCAUAAGCAGGUUCCUUUUGAGGAGCAAGAGGGCAUGAGUCAUUCACAUGAUUGGGUGGGGUUAAGUAAUCGCACAGAACUUUUGGAGAAUCAACUGAAUUUUCCCUCCCCACAGGAAGAGCAGAUCACUGCCAUUGACCGAGGGUUAGAUUUUGAGGAGAGUAAGUAUCUCCUCAAUACAAACUCCCAAAAGAGUCUUAAUGGUCAGGUUUUCAAGUCUUCAGAAUCUCCUUUUGCUGAUGGGAAAGACCAGAAAAGUGAGCCCACAGCUUCCCCUACCUCUAAGCGAAAAAGGGUGAAAUUUACCACCUUCACCACCAUUUCCUCAGAUGAGGGAUGCCCCACGGUCAACUCCAUCUUGAUGAGCAGUAUGGAUGACAUAAAAUGGGUUUGCCAAGAUAUGGAUCUGGGAGAAUGUAAAGAACUAACAAACUACAUGGAAAGGUUACAUGAAAAGGUGUAAUGGGAAACGAGGGAACAUUUGUUUUUCUGCUCACCUUCUGCCUUUAAUUUGGGGUAGUGGGGCACAAGGACAUCUCAGAAGGAAGUCAAUUGGCAGGAAAAGAGAAGAGCAACAUCUUCAGCUGAGGACCAGAAAACCACCUGAAGUCAGCAGGAUGGAGUCCAGGAGUCAGUCAAGAUAGGAAUUCCCAUUCCAAAAGUCUUAUUCAAAGUGAGGUUUAUUUGAUGUCUGCCAAGCUUGGCAGGAUUUUCACAACUGGAAACAAAAAUAAGAUUUGAUUUAAUGAACUUUUCCAGGAAAGAGCAAUUUCUCUUCUCUCUAUCAAUCUCCCUCUCUCUUUUUUAAAUAAAUGUAGCAAUUUGGAUAUUACAAAAUCCAAGCAGCUCCCAUACAGACUGGAGGGGGAAAAAAAGACAGGUUCAGUUUUUUUUUAAAUGGAUCAAUGGAAGGAAGCACACCAGCUAAAAUAAGAGCAAAAUAUCUAGCCAUGAACAUUAUUGAUAAUGGACAGAGACUGGUUUCACACUAGACACUGAGAAGUGACUGUUGUGACUUCACAUCCCCCAGAGAAUUGAGGUGGGGGAAUCUCCUUAGCAACCGAAAAGGCAGGCAAUUACUACCCCAUAGAGAAAGGGGGAAAGCGUGCCAAUAAGAUGUAACCAUAUGUGUAAUAAGAUAAUGAGAAAUGAACUCCAUGGGGUGCUUUGGAGUAGUCUUUAGUUUUUAAAGUAAGGGACAGUCACACUGACAUCAAUUUACCAGACACAGAAUUCCGAUUAGGUUCAAAGAACCAGUUUCUUUUUAGCAAAUUCACUCAAUCCAUCUCUAACAUUUCAGUUUGUACACCUCAUCCACGAUCCUGCCAUUCUAUAACUGUUUAGUCACUGUCACGGGGGACUUUACAGCCCUCAGUAAGGGUUUUCUGGGCUUCAGAGGUAGAAUUAGGAUGGGAUGAGGGUGCCAAGGGUAGCUGGCAUCUGCAGAGCUAGCUUCCUCCCUACAAUGGACCUCUCAGUUGCCAUCCCUGAAACUUCUGGUCCUCUGCAUAGCAUGACCACCCCAGUAGCUUACCAGCCCCAGGGCUUGGGCUAGACUCUCUGGGGAUCUGCAACCAAUAGGAGCAAAAUCUUCUUCUUCCAACCUUCCUACCCAGAUGGAUUUUUCUUGAGUAACAGAAUUCCUAGUUACAUCUCUGCUAAGUUGGGAAACCAUCCUUGACCUUUCUCCAUGCACCUCUCCCCCCCCCCAAGCUCUACAGCAUUUCCUAGGAUUCAUUCCACCAAGCCAUCUGGGAUCACUUGGUACUUGCCUCCUGUGUGGUUAUUUUAAUAAAGUAGCUGGUUGGGUUUAGAGGGGAAGGAUAAGGGUUAUCCAUGCUGAACUCAACAUAAUCUAACUCCCCUUACCUUUUAAGAAAAGAUCACUGGGCUGCUUCAUUAUCUAUCUCUAAGUCUGCUCUUUGGUGUCUUGCAAGGCCCCAUAGACACCAAGAUGGGAAAGCUAGGUCUGAGAGUAUGAAUUUUCAGGUGAGGAGGAGGAGAAACCCAGCACUUAAUAAAAAAAAAAAAGUCUACCAUGAAAGUCAUUGUACUUCUCCCUUAGUUUAAUCCAAUUAGAAUGUGAGUUCCUGGAGGGGAGAACUCUUUGUCCCCCCCACUUUUCUUUGUACCCCCAGAGCUUAGCACAGUGCCAGACAUGUGAUAAACACUUAAUACAUAUUUGUUGAAUUAACUGAUUACUGAUUAAGCUAAAUUCUCUGCUAUGCAGCAGAAAGACAAAGACGGAAGCAAACCCUAGUCCUUGCCCUCAGAAGCUUACAGUCUACUUGAAGGGAUGCAAUAUGUCCAUUGGGAAGGGUUAUCAUAGCAUGUUAUUUCAAGAGGGAAUGAGCUUACUUAGUGAAGAGGUGGGAAUGAGGGGAUGGAGUUGUUGUUAGGGAUCAAAAAAGGAGUCAUUGACACCUGACCCAGUGAGUUGAAGGAAAUUAGGAAUCCUAAGAGGUGGAGGUAAAGAUGAAGAGAAGGUUUGUCCCCAAACUGGGGCUUCAAUGGCCAGACAUUGCCUGCUUCCAAUCCUAAGACUGAUUAAUUUGGUUUUGUUGCUUUUUAAUCCCAGCACGCAUCUCCCAUGGUUUUUUUUGUUCAGUUACAUCCUUAUUUCUCUUUCACUCCUCAUCACUGCCCCAUUCAGCUCACUGCUCCCGCCCCUCCCCCAUCACUUCCCUAGUCAGAAUCCACUAUACUUAGAAUAUAUUGUAGAUUGUAAGAAUGUAAUAUAUAUUUAUAAACAUACUAACUGUAAAUAAAAUUUGCAUUCAGUGACUUCAGUUCUUCCCUCCUUUCUGCACACUGUCCCCUGGAAAGGCUUGGCAGUCAGCUUUCAGAGAGCUAUCCAAGGCUCUGGCUUUCAGUAAAUGAAAAUUCAGAUUUAAGGAUCCCCACACAAUCUAAUUACAAACCUUUACAUCACAUAAUGCUGCUCUUCAUGUGGAGAGGGUGUUGACACCUGAUGACAAAGUGCACUGUGCAGCAAGGCUCUCAUUCGGAUUGAAAAGUAUUUGCAAAUAAAUCACAUGUGUACAUCCCUACUAAAAGCCUGGGAGUGUGCCUGAGAUGACAGUAAGUGGUAGGCGGAGUGAGGCAAGUGCUGAAGCCCCUCAAUAAGGGGUCUGCCUGCCUAGAAGAAUGGGAGGUCUUCAGUAUAAAUUGGCACAUUUGAAUUUCUCAAAGGAAGAAAGUGCGUACACCUAGACACGUGCCUUCCAGGGCAUUUAGCGGGAAAGUACAACCUGGGAAGAGAACUUUUGGCCCAGAUAGUGGAUGGAGUGGAAAUAAUGGGGGCAGCUAGGUGGUGCAGUAGAUACAGCACUGGGCUUGGAGUCAGAAGACCUGAGUUCA